UUUUGCAGAGGAGCAGAAUAGCAAACGUAGUCCUUCCCGUAGCUUACACUUCCUACUUCUCCUCAGAAUCAGCCCCAGAAGCAAGCAAGUAAGCAAGCAACCAGCGAUUGACUGAUUCACUCUCAUAAACCCUAAAAUUCCAUUUCUUGUGUUUCUCGACUGGUCGAACAAGAAGAAGAGCCCUAACAAUGGCGGAAUCAGAGGCGGGAUCGCGUACAGCGGGCGCAUCGGAAGGCGGUGGAGGCGAGGAGAAGUCUCUGAAGGAGAAGGGCAAUGAGUAUUUCAAGGCAGGGAACUUUCUCAAAGCCGCUGCUCUCUACACUCAGGCCAUCAAGCAAGACCCCAAUAACCCCGCUUUUUAUAGCAAUCGUGCUGCGGCGUUUCUGCAGUUGGUUAAGCUAAACAAAGCACUCGCUGAUGCUGAAACAACUAUUGCAUUAAGCCCAAAAUGGGAAAAGGGAUAUUUCAGGAAGGGGUGCAUAUUAGAGGCCAUGGAACGAUAUGAUGAUGCUCUCACAGCCUUCCAAACAGCUGUACAAUUUAAUCCACAAAGUGUUGAAGUAUCAAAAAAGAUAAAAAGAAUUGCCCAGUUGGCAAAAAAUAAAAAGCGAGCCCAAGAAGUGGAGAACAUGAGAUCCAAUGUUGACAUGGCAAAGCACUUGGACAAGUUGAAAGCAGAAAUGUCUGAGAAGUGCGGAUCUGAAGAAUGUUGGAAAGAAAUGUUUUCUUUUCUUGUUGAGACAAUGGAAACUGCUGUAAAAUCUUGGCAUGAAACUUCUGAGGUAGAUCCUAGGGUAUACUUUCUUCUUGAUAAAGAAAGGACACAGACUGAAAAAUAUGCUCCAGCCGUGAAUAUUGAUAAGGCAUUUGAAUCGCCCCAUACGCACAGCGAUUGUUUCUCAUUUCUUAGGCAGUAUGCUGAGGAUUCUUUCUCCAGAGCAGCGUGCUUGGUGAGCCCCAAAAGUAUCAUAUCUUACCCACAGGUUUGGAAAGGCCAAGGACUUAGGAAGUGGAAACAUGGGCUGCAGGAUGGUUUCUUUGUUCAGUUUGAGACACCUGUUCUACGAAGGCUGUGGUUCAUUCCUAGUUCCAAUGAACAAGGCCAAACAUUAUGCAGGGAUCCGGAGGUUCUAGACAUCACUGCUCACGAGGUGCUUCCACGCCUAUACAAAGAAAAGCUGUCCUUUUCUUAGGCUCCUUAACGUGGUGGGCAUUUUACUGGAGAAACUGGUGGAGAAUGUUUUUCAAAGAGAACAGACAGCUUAAAGUGCUUGUUUUCUUCCAUACUAGUUCUUUGGAGCUGAACUAGUGGAAGGGUGCUUUGCAUAGUUUCCCCAUGUAUGUACUCAAUUUUGAAGCUUUUCUUUUUCAGAGGAAUGAUUUUCAGGCUUCUCUGAGUGGUUGCUUUUUGUGGACAUCUCUUCUUUGUAGUUCUUUUUUUUGUAACAUUCUUUUUGUAUGAUUUGCUUUUGCUGUUUUAUGGUCAUGAGUGCUUUGCCCCUGAAUAUUAAGUGGCGUCAUUUCUUAUCUUGAAUUUUGCAUUGCUUACAGCCAGCUUGGGAAACUGAGUUUGGAUGGAAUAGAACUCUAAUUUCUUCUAAAACUGAGAAAAAAACAAUCUCAUAUUCUUAUAUGUUAA